AUGUAAUAACUUAAUAAAGAAAUAAAAUAAAUAAAUAAAUAAAAGUGAAAAAAAAAUCAGUGGCUUGCAUACAUUGUCUUGGGGUGAAAGGAAGAAGACUCCUUAUGUCAACUAUUAUGGUCCUGAACUAGGACCUUAAUGACAGAUGGCUUGCUCUUUUGCAUGAUAAGGAAAUCCUGACUGGCAAGAAACUCAGCCUCCAAUGACACACCAUAAAGCCUUUCUCUGAGCCCUUACUGUCACCCUGGAGUUCUGAAGGGUCACGGGUUCAGUUCCCGGUCAAGGGCAUGUACAGGUGAGGAUUUAAAAAAUAAAAUAAAAUGCUGAGCCUGAAAAUAUUGGGAGAGUCUUAAUCCACACUGGACAUCACAUCCUUCCCCCAAAUAGAUAAGAAUUCCCACUUAACCUUAGAGCCAAUGUGACCACUCAAGUUUUUGUUUUUCCUUUUUAUGUUUAGGGAUGACUGGUCAACAUCAGAAUUAGGGAGCUGUGCCUUUUAUUUUUAUAGUCUUCUCUAUAGCUACCUAAUUUAACUCAAGCUAGCCAUUCUGGAACCUCAGCUUCUGCACUUAUAAAAGAAUCAAAUUAGAGAGAGGGAAAAGCCAAGGGAGAAACAGGGCACACCAGAAGGGAAGCUGCCGGAGGCGCAAGGAGGAGCCAGGGAGCAGUCGCCUUGAACACAGAGGAGCGUCUGCUCACUGUCAAUGUCACUCUCCCUUGGGGCCUGUGCGAUGGAGGUACUAUUUGGCAGAAAUAAGAAAGAACAACCAGAGCCUGUGAGGGCCAAAGUGACAGGCAAGAUCCCAACCUGGCUACAGGGAACACUGCUUCGAAAUGGGCCUGGGAAGCACACUGUGGGGGAGACCAGAUACAACCAUUGGUUUGAUGGCCUAGCCUUGCUCCACAGCUUCACAAUUAGAGAUGGUGAAGUCUAUUACAGGAGCAGAUACCUGAGAAGUGACACCUACAACGCCAAUAUGGAGGCAAACAGGAUUGUGGUGUCAGAGUUUGGAACAAUGGCCUAUCCAGACCCCAGCAAAAACCUAUUGUCCAAAGCUUUUACCUACUUGUCCCACACCAUCCCAGAUUUCACAGACAACUGCCUGAUUAACUUCUUGAAGUGUGGAGAAGACGUCUAUGUGACCACGGAGACCAAUUACAUCAGGAAAAUCAACCCACAGACUCUGGAAACUCUGGAAAAGGUUGAUUAUCGUAAAUAUGUGGGUAUAAAUCUGGCAACAGCACAUCCUCAUUAUGAUUCGGCUGGAAAUGUUCUCAACAUAGGCACAUCCGUUGUGGACAAGGGGAAGACAAAAUAUGUGAUCUUUAAGAUCCCUGCCGCAGCACCAGACAGGAUGAAGAGGAAGAGCCCCCUGCAGCACACGGAGGUGCUCUGCUCCAUCCCCUCCCGCUCCCUCCUCUCCCCAAGCUAUUACCACAGCUUCGGGGUCACCGAGAACUACAUCAUUUUUCUCGAGCAGCCCUUCAAGUUGGAUAUUCUCAAGAUGGCAACUGCGUACAUCCGGGGAGUGAGCUGGGCUUCUUGCCUGGCUUUCCACAGGAAGGACAAGACUUACAUUCACAUUGUCAACCAAAGGACUGGGAAGCUCGUGUCCACCAAGUUUUACACGGACCCUAUGGUGGUCUUUCAUCACAUCAACGCCUACGAAGAGGACGGCUGCCUUCUGUUUGACGUCAUCGCCUACGAGGACAGCAGCCUGUACAACUGCUUCUACUUGGCCAACCUGAAACAAGGCUUCGAAGGGAACUCCAGGAUCGUCCCUGUCCCCACCCUCAAGAGGUUCGCCGUGCCCCUCUGCACGGACAAGAAUGCAGAAGUGGGCUCAAAUUUAAUCAAACUGGCAUCUACGACAGCAAGAGCCCUGAAGGAAAAAGAUGGCCAAGUCUACUGCCAACCAGAGUUGCUCUGUGAAGGCUUAGACCUGCCUCGGAUCAGUUAUGCUCACAACGGGAAGCGAUAUCGGUAUGUCCUUGCUUUUGAAGUUCAAAGGAGUCCCAUCCCAAACAAGAUACUAAAAUAUGACAUUCUCACAAAGUCGUUCUUAAGAUGGGGAGAGGAGCAGCACUGCUGGCCGUCGGAACCCAUGUUUGUGCCUACACCAGAUGGCAAAGAGGAGGAUGACGGAAUUCUCUUAUCGGCCAUUGUCUCCUCCGAUCCCCAAAAGCUGCCUUUUCUGCUUAUUCUGGAUGCCAAAACUUUUGCAGAACUAGCUCGCGCAUAUGUUGAUGUGGACAUGCACCUGGAUCUCCACGGGUUAUUCAUCCCGGACACAGACUGGGACCCAAGGAAGCAGGCCCCUUCCCAGGAAGUCCAGGACAGGGCUUCAUCGCAGACAGGACAGGUGUGAGCGGCCCCAUGGGUAGGCUCCCGGGGACACAGGUGUGAUCCCUCUCUGGGUCCUUCCUUUCAUUUGGUGCUUAUUCUUUCGGUGUUUGCUUUGAGACAAAGGUUUGGAGAUAGAGCUUAUCAGUAUCUUUCUUUCAUUUCAUUUUGGCCAUAAAAACUUUGAGCAUUGAUCAAAUAUUUAUUGAUAGCUCUAGCACUUCUAAGAAAGCCCCUUUCUGCCCUGGCCAGUUUGGCUCAGUAGAUAGAGCGUCGGCCCUUGGACUGAAGGGUCCCAGGUUUGAUUCCAGUCAAGGGCAUGUACCUCGGUUGCAGA